AACAGGAGGAGGUCUCUUAGACUUCUUCCUGAGAAACUAUCUGAUCAUGUUUGAAGGUCUACAAUCCCCCAUUUCAUUUUGGCUGUUUGGGGUAAUCAUUGUUCUGCUGGUCCUGCACUUUCUUUACUCUGACUUCAGCUCAAAAAGACUGGAACCUCCAGGACCCAGACCUGUCCCUCUUUUUGGAAACCUGUUUCAGGUGGAUCUAAAGUGGCUUGACAAGAGUCUUUUUGAUCUUUCCAAAAAAUAUGGACCAGUUUUCCAAGUCUACUUGGGACCAAAGAAGGUGGUGGUUCUUGCAGGUUAUAAGACAGUCAAACAGGCUCUGAUGAACCAUGCUGUGGAGUUUGGAAACAGAGAAAUCACUCCAGCAUUUUAUGAUUUGACCAAGAGCCAUGGUAUCAUCUUUUCCAAUGGAGAUAAUUGGAAAGAAAUGAGACGGUUUGGUUUGAAAGUACUGAAAGACUUUGGAAUGGGCAAAAAGAUGAGCGAAGAGAUAAUUAUUAAGGAAUGCAGUCACCUAAUUGAAGAAUUUGAGCAUUUUCAAGGUAAACCUUUUCUUAACACCAAGCCCAUUAAUUAUGCCACCUCAAAUGUUAUCUCAGCUCUGCUGUUUGGGAGAAGGUUUGAUUACAAAGACCCGGUCUUUCAAGCUAUGGUGCGAAGAGAAAAUGAGAUCAUCCGUCUGACGGGAUCAGCUUCUGUCUGGAUUUACAACUUUUUUCCUUGGCUGGGCCCUCUCCUUAAAAACUGGAGGGAUUUGAUCACAAAUGUGGAAGACAACAAGGCAGAGGCAAGGAAGAUAAUAGCAGAACUAAAGGAAUCUCUGGAUCCUGAGGUGUGCAGAUGUUACGUUGAUGCAUUUCUGAUCCAUAAGAAACAUCUGGAGGAUUCUGGAAUGAAGAACGUGUAUUACCAUGAUGAUAACCUGCUGUACAGUGUGACAAACCUGCUUGAAGCUGGAAAUGACACCACAGCAAAUACAUUGAAAUGGGGUCUCCUUCACAUGGCCAAGAAUCCUCAUAUUCAACAUCGUGUUCAGGAGGAGCUGAGCACAGUGGUUGGAAGCCGACAGGUUCAAAUAGAGGACAGGAAGAACUUGCCGUACACCGAUGCUGUUGUCCAUGAGAUACAGAGACUUUCAAACAUCUUCCCCAUCAGCCUUCCUCAUGCAACAAGUACAGAUGUCACAUUUCAGGGCUACUUCAUCAGAAAGGGAACAACAGUUAUUCCUCUUCUCACUUCUGUCUUGUAUGAUGAGAGCGAAUGGGAGAGCCCUCACAGCUUCAACCCUUCUCAUUUCCUGGAUGAGGAGGGUAAAUUCAUCAGGAGAGAUGCACUCUUGUCUUUUUCAGCAGGUCGCAGAGCCUGUCUUGGGGAGAGUCUGGCCAAAAUGGAAGUUUUCCUCUUCUUCACCUCUCUUCUUCAGCGCUUCCGUUUCACUCCUCCACCUGGACUCUCAGAAGAUGAGCUGGAUUUAACACCAGUUGUCGGCUUCAGCCUCUGUCCUCGACCUCAGAAGUUGUGUGCCGUCCAACGCAAGUGAAGCAAAUCUACAUCUGUUUUAUUUGCAACUGUAAGAGGAGCUUCUCUUUGAUCCACACAAAUGGCACUUUUAGACAUGUACAUUGGGGUUAGUUACAAUCUAAUGUACAUUUUAACAUGUACAUUGGGGUUAGUUACAAUCUAAUGUACAUUUUAAAGGUGUAUUUAGCAGAGAAUGAUUUUUAAUAUACCUAUGCAUGAAAUGUUUUUUUGAUUACAGUACUAUCUGGUAGAGUAGUUUUCGAUUUUAAACAGCAGCCUUGAUUGUUUUAAAUAUUUUUUUUAAUGAUUUUAUAAUAAAAACAAAGAGGAAACUGAUUAUUAACCAGUCUGAUUAUUGAUUUGC